UCUGAUCUUAUUUACAGGUUGAGAAACAUGUCAAGGGACGAAUAUAUGGAAAUGUACGCACUGGUUUUUGGUAUUUAGUGGACAAUUGAAGCUAAAAUUCUUGAUAUUCAUUGGGUGGGGAGUAAUAGCUUACCUCCCGGGCAGGUACCUAGGCGCGUGAGUAGGUACCUACCUACACUGGAAUUCCUCGAGGUUGCACAUGCAUUCUUUUAUUUUGUCAAUUAAGAUCCGAGCUUCGUCUCCGUAUCAAUACCUCUCACUUCAUCUAGAAGGCAAACGAAUACCAGCCCUUUGCGGCCAAAGGGUGUUCCAACGUUGGCGCAAGGCUUGGAUGAUUUAAUUGGCAUCGACUACCUUCGGAUGUAACAAAUGCAAUCAUGACCACCGAGCAGCAGACAUUGAGAGAAACCCAGCCGAAAAAUAGGCACCAAGACCUGAGGUCACCGUCGUUGACUGAGGCAGACUUGGAUAUCACGGAUGCACUCCAAGACGACGAGCACAGUCAAUAUCUCCCGGCUCUGCUUGGAACCGCACUGCUGGCCGCCGUGGGCUCCGUUUUGGCAUUGUUCUAUGCACCGCCGUCUACAAUUGCUACUCUGAUUAUCACUGGCAUCUCUGUGGUUGUGACGCGCCAUGUAUGGCUGUCUCGCAAGAAGGCACGGAACCGCGGCUCUAUUUGGGCUGCUACCAAUAGUAGCUCUGCCAAUCCCAAUACCGGCGAGCUACCCGCCGUAUAUCACACGUACAUCUUAGGAUCGGGCGGUCACACUGGCGAGAUCUUUGAAUUUGUUAAACGCAGUUUUCGGGGCCACAAGAAUCUGCAUAGACGGUAUAUCAUCACAUCCGGGGACACACACUCGCCUCACGUUGUGGCCAGGCUCGAAGCUCUCAUCAGGGACACUGCCGGCGGACAAGCAACUGGUACCUGGGACGUAGUCCGUGUCGCCCGCGCCAGGAGAGUUCACCAACCGUUAUGGACCGCCUGGUACACAUCCAUGAUCAGUGCACUCUCCAUCGUCAAUGCGCUGGUCAAGGAACCCAGAAGCCGACCCAAAGACACUUAUGGAACAGCCUACCGCUAUCCUCAUGUCAUAGUCACUAAUGGGCCAGGAACUGGCUUUAUUGUGUGCCUUGUGGCUUACAUACUGAAGCUGCUCUUCAUUGCCCCCGCAAAUCGAAUGAAGAUGGUUUACAUGGAGACGUGGGCACAUAUCAGUAGCCUGAGUCUUACGGGCAAGCUGUUUUACUAUACUGAUAUGGCUGACAUGUUUCUUGUUCAGCAUAUGCAGUUGGCAGAUCGAAUUCGAAAGCCAUGCCUGCAGCUGUUCCAAGCCCCCGAUUUCGCAAAGAUCACAGAAGCGGAAAGGGUUUGAUCUGAAGCUUUGACGGUAACUGGUACCUGUCUAUAUUGUAGCAUGAAGUUAUACACAAUUGCUGGUCUUACAAUACACCCUUCCCAGAUUAGUAGGCGUAUACCUCUGGUCAAUUCUUUUUCGU